AUGGACGGUAUCGAUCUCUCUGCCUGGAUGGGCAAAGCGCCCGAGAAGCUCAAAGAACCUAUGGAAGCAGUUGAAACAACGUCUAGUCAGCAAUCGGAUUCUCUGGACCAGAGAAGCGACUUCUCGGGCUGGGAUGGUUCGAACAACGGAAGUGACAUCGUGCACGAUGAAGGAAAUGUUACCAAUAGGGUCGACAGGGGCGAAACGGUCUGUUCAAGAGAAUCAUCUUGGGACAAGCAGGGUAACUCUGUGGCAAUAGCUAUUCCUCACCUGAAACAAGACCUCUAUGUCGACGUACCCAAGCUGUCGGAAGAAGAAAAGGACGAGUACGAAUGUCUCCCUGGACACUUCUCAGCAGAGAAGGUACUGUCUCAGCUUCAGAACAACCGAUACGUUGUUGAACUUGGGAGCGGGGAAAGAGACUUUGUUUCUGAACGUGAGCUAUGUGAUCUUGACAAUGGCGCACAAGCAUUGCGGGAUUUCAAAAAAAAAUCAAUGUCAAGGGAGCGCAGACGAACCUCGCAUAAGGUAUCUGUAUCAGGCAUGGUAGAUUGGAGUAAUAUCUCCAUAUCGGGCUCUGAGGAUGAUACUGCCUCCCGUCAAAAAGGUGAGAGGAUCGAAGACAGCGACGCCUCAGAGCACGAAGCAAUGGGGAUGUCAUCUGGACUCGAGGAAGAUGAUAUCUCAGAUGUACUCCAGGUUCAGGGAAGGCGGUCAGCGCGUCUUACUAGGAAGCGCAAGUCAGCCUCCUUCAAGCAAGAGUUUCUUGGCCUUGACGAUGACUUUGAUGUACGACAGAGAGGAAGAAGGCCGCGCAUACCUACGCUCCGACCUACAAGAGAUUCAGCGCGGCUACGAAAACUCAGGCCGAGAGCCUUAAGCUCUUCUCCUGCAUCUGAAAUUGCCACCCGACGUUCAGGAAGAACAAUGGCCAAGCCAAGACGCGACAUGCGAGUGCGCCAGGAGGACGAGAUCCCGAGCUAUGAGGAGGAGAAGACCGGCCCGAAGAUCAUCGGCACCAAAGAGUACUUUGCUCCACUUCCUGACAAUGAUCCUUUUCGUAAACGACAUCGACAGGAAUGUGACACCUGCUAUUUCAAAGGAGACGACCCAGGAAAAGGUCCCUUGGUCUUUUGUCAAGGAUGCACAAACUCUUACCACAAAUCCUGUCUGGGAUUCAGAGGCACGCGAGACCACCUAGUGACCAAAGUUGGCGAAAAUCUCUUCGUUCUGCAAUGUAGGCGUUGCAUCGGACUUGCUCACGAACGAGACAAGUCGGCGCCUCACCAUGGUCUUUGCGUCGGAUGUAGUGAACACGGCGAGCUAUCGAAGCCACUUCGCAGCCGUCUGACUCCACGUCAAGAACAGCUUCGGAGAGAAGAAAAUGGUGGAAAGGAUCCAAUCACGAUUGUUGAAGCGAAAAUGAUCAACAACACUGCCAAUGUGAUGUUCCGAUGUUCACAGUGUGCGCGAGCUUGGCACAUGUAUCAUCUUCCAGCGCGCAAGACUGCUCAUUCUAAUCUCGAGGAUGAGGAAGAAGAGGAGAUGCUCGGUGAAGUGCAACUUUCACAAGCCCGCUUCGACCAUUAUCAUCGAUCUUGGCUCUGUAAAAAUUGCAUAGAGAACCAGAGUCAGAUUGAUACUCUGGUUGCCUGGCGUCCCGUGGACCUCGAGGCGUACGUACCUGGAACUCCUGUCAACGAGAUGCAGGAAGAAGAGAAAGAGUAUUUGGUGAAAUGGAGAGCGCAGUCUUACUUUCGUACGACCUGGAUGCCCGGAACAUGGGUUUGGGGUAUUGCAGCAGGAACAACACGUUCGGCGUUCGUCAAGAAGCCAGAAAAUCUGCUCCCAAAGAUGACGACAGAAGAUGCCAUUCCGGAGGACGUCUUCCGUGUAGACAUUGUUUUCGAUGUGCGCUACUCAAGUGUCAUCCGAAACAGCACAAAGGAGAUUGAUCUUGCCCGUGUGAGGGAGGUCGAUUCAGCCUUCGUCAAAUACAAAGGUCUCGGCUAUGAAGAUGCAAUCUGGGAAAAGCCACCCGCCUACGCUGAUGCUGGUCGUUGGAAUGACUUCAAAGCGGCAUACGAAGAUUAUGUGAUGAAAUUACACCUUUCUAUACCGCCUCAGGCACAGCUAAAGCGCCACUUGCAGCGGGUUCGGAAACAAGACUUCCAAUCGACACUCAUGAAGAAGGAACAGCCAUCGAGCAUGACUGGCAAGGACAAAAUGAUGAUGUACCAAAUGGAAGGGUUAAACUGGCUCCUGUUUCAGUGGUCGACAAACCAGAAUGUUAUUUUGGCCGAUGAGAUGGGAUUGGGCAAGACGAUUCAGAUUAUUGCGUUCUUUGCCGCACUAGUUCAAGAUCACAAAUGUUGGCCCUUCCUAGUGGUUGUCCCUAACUCAACCUGUCCCAAUUGGAGGCGUGAGAUCAAGAGAUGGGCACCGUUUCUCAGAGCUGUGACAUAUUAUGGCUCUUCGACUGCGAGGAGACUUACCCAUGACUAUGAGUUGUUUCCCGCUUCCAAAGACGGAGACCAGCAUCGACAGCCGAAGAAGCAUAAAUCCGAAGUGACUGAUAUUCAAGCUCACGUUGUCAUUGCGUCCUAUGAAUCGAUUGGCGACGACCAAACUCGGCAGAGCCUCCUGAAAGUGCCCUGGCAAGGUCUCAUUGUCGACGAAGGCCAGCGAUUGAAAAGCGAUCGCACUCAGAUAUAUGAAAAUUUAUCCAAGUUCAAAUUUCUGUUCAAGGUGCUAUUGACGGGGACUCCACUACAGAACAAUGCUCGCGAACUUUUCAAUCUUCUGCAGUUCCUUGACAAAAGCAUGAAUGCAGCUGAACUCGAAGCGAAGUAUGCCAAUCUAACCCAAGAGAACGUGCCCGAACUGCAUGAAAUGCUACGCAAGUUCUUUCUUCGGCGCACCAAGGCCCAAGUAUUGACAUUUCUACCGCCAAUGGCUCAAAUCAUUGUACCUGUCCGCAUGUCAACUGUCCAAAAGAAGUUGUACAAGUCAAUUUUGGCGAUGAACCCUCAGCUAAUGAGAUCCAUCUUUGUUCGAGAUGGUAACCUUUUAGCAAGGGAGCGAGUCAGCCUGAACAACAUCCUCAUGCAACUUCGAAAGACUCUGUGCCAUCCCUUUGUCUACAGUAGCGAGAUUGAAGAAAAAUCGGUUGAGAGUGCCGUAUCUCAUCAGACCUUAGUCGAAGCCUCAGGAAAGCUGCAGUUGCUCUCAAUAAUGCUUCCCAAGCUUCAAGAACGUGGCCAUCGAGUCCUCAUGUUCAGCCAGUUCUUGGGUAACUUGGAUAUCAUUGAAGAUUUCCUAGAUGGACUCGGUUUUCGACAUCGUCGACUUGACGGCAACAUUUCUGCGAUGGAGAAACAGAAACGAAUCGAUGAGUUCAACGCUCCUGAUUCACCUUAUUUUGCUUUUUUACUUUCGACCCGGGCAGGAGGUGUAGGGAUCAAUCUUGCCACCGCUGAUACCGUCAUUAUUCUCGACCCAGACUUCAACCCUCACCAGGACAUCCAGGCAUUGUCGCGAGCCCAUCGAAUUGGUCAGAAGCAGAAGGUUGUCGUAUUUCAAUUGAUGACUAGAAACAGUGCCGAAGAGAAAAUCAUGCAACUCGGCCGAAAGAAGAUGGCUUUGGACCAUGUCCUUAUCGAAAGAAUGGACAAGGGGGAUGAUGCUGGUGAGGACCUGGAGUCUAUCCUUCGUCAUGGAGCUCAAACACUUUUCGAGGAUGACUCUAGCACUGACGACAUUCAUUACGACUCGGCAUCGGUUGACCGCUUGUUGGAUCGGUCACAAAUCGAAGACACCAGUGCGAGUGAAGCCAAAUCGGCCGAAUCCCAAUUCAGUCUUGCCCGGAUUUGGGCUAAUGACAAAGCGUCAUUGGGGGAGGACUUGCCUGACGGUACAGGAGCCAAUACACUCAAUCCUGGAGUGUGGGACAAGAUUCUCCAGGAGCGGGAACGCGAAUAUGAGGAGGAACAAGCCAGAGAGGCAGAUACCUUUGGUAGGGGCAAGCGCAAACGUCAGAACGUGGACUACGGUGUUGGCGACGGUGAGAAGGUAGACAGAGAUUUGGCAACCAAAGGCAAAAGAGGACCCAAAAAGUUCGAUCCAGACUAUGAACAGCCGAAAGGAGCGUCUGAAGAUGACGAGAGCACAGAGAAUGAAGACUGGGAGGCCCAACCCCAACAGGCAGUUCAAGAUAGAGUGAAAUCCAAUCCCCUGAAAUCCAAUCCAUUGAAAUUCAGUCCGUUGAAAUCCUGUCCCAAAGGUCGCCGAAACUGA